UAGCGACAUCUGUAGUUUUCCAUCCUUCGUAAACUGAAAUACGGUCACACCCUUUCGGUGGUUCUAAAACUUUCGGUUACGCGAGGCCCAUGUGUCCCGCCCCCGCAUUGUGCCUCAGCCCCACCUAACUUUCCAUGCGAAGUUCCACCUGGCCACGAACGCCCAGCUUCUUGUAUCUGGCCUCUCACCCUUCUUGAUCCCGCAAAGGCCAUUUCUGGAAACGGGAGAAAUGACAGCCAACUCAGCGUUUCAACAUCAAGAUGUUGCGCGGGUCAAUGGCGUCACCAAGACUGACAGCCUACCUGAUCCACGCGGUGUGAUGCCGCGUGCUCUACCCGAUAUUUGCUUCGAGCUCCAGGCCAAAAUCGAUGCGUUUCUCGCCGAGCAGACCGAUGACCGUGUUUUACGCAAUGUCCAAAGUCAGGUCAGGGUGUCGAUGGGUGUGAUCCAGGAGGCGCUGCGCCGGUAUGGGCCCGCCCAUCUUUCGCUUUCAUACAAUGGCGGUAAAGACUGCCUUGUCCUCCUAGUCUUGAUUAUGGCCUGUCUGCCUGCAUAUGCCUCAACCUCGGGCCCUGCCGCCGACGAUCCCGACACGACCGAGACAAUAGCGGAUCCGCUUCCUGGACAUGCCGCGACUUCACCGGUCGCUCCUCCCAGCCGCUUGCAGGCAAUAUACAUAGUUGCUCCUGAUCCCUUUGCGGAGGUUGAGGAUUUCGUGGAGGCGUCGGAGAAGCGAUACCAUCUCGACCUCAAACGCUACACGUUGCCGAUGCGACCGGCCCUGGAGGCGUAUUUGAAGGACAGGCCCGCCAUAAGAGCGAUAUUUUUGGGAACAAGGAGGACAGACCCGCAUGGCGAGUUUCUGACACACUUCGACCCUACAGACGAAGGCUGGCCGCAGUUCAUGCGUGUGCACCCCGUCAUUGACUGGCACUAUGUCGAGAUAUGGGCGUUUAUCCGGCACCUCCACAUCCCGUUUUGCGAACUGUACAACCGAGGCUUCACAUCUCUAGGUGGUGUCACUAAUACCCGCCCGAACCCAGCGUUAGCAGUCAGCGGAAGUCCAUCGGUCUUCAGACCAGCAUAUGAGCUCAGGGAUGACGACGAGGAGCGUCUUGGUCGCGAUUGACAGCGGCCAUCCCGAAAACUCUAUUUGACCCACAGUCCGAAACUGCAUAGCAAUCGCUUGCCAGUUGAAAGAUUUCUUUACGCUCUGCAGAGCAGCUUCGAUAAAACGGACUUGACCUCGUGGU